AUGGGCUUGCCGCUGUAUUGUCUCCGCGCCUUCGUGAGCGCGUGCGGCGAAGCGCUCUCCGCAUUCCCCGCCGAUUUGCCUUCCGAGACGCGCGACGCGCUGAAAGCCUUCGCCGAAGACAAGCUGGUUUCGAUCGGAAGCGAAUAUCAGCAGCUGGCGGAGGACCAAUGCGGCGAAGAUCUGUUCAACUUUUUGCUGCAGUGCAUGGCGACGCUUUGCCCCAUCUACGGCUACUUGGGACUGCAAGCCGAGCAGGCGCGCAUCGCUUUCUUCAUCUGCAAGGCCACGCUGCCGUCGAUGAAGCCCGAAGAAGCGAUGAAAAACAGCCCGGACUUCGUGUUCGAUUCGCGGAAUCUCGCGGCGAUCGAAGCGCUGAGUCGACUCACGAAGGGAAACGGGGAAGGCGUGGAGAAUGUGUGGAAACUCGUGGAAGCAACGAUGGAAGUGAUCGAGGAGUACAUUCCCGAGAAAGACCAGUCCAAUAAUUAUGUUCGGUCGUCGCCCGCUUCGCCUCGCGUCUGUGCGGAGUACGAAAUUAUCGAAGAGCAGACGGACGUUUUGCUGGGCCAAGUCGCUCAGAAGGCUGUAGAGACGGAGAUGGGCUGCGAUCUAGUGAUUCACACGCUCGAAAUGAUGCUCCAAGCCGCUCGAUCGGGCGUGUCGAGCGAGGUGCCGAGCGGGAAAGCGAAUCUGAUGAAGGCGUGGGACGAAGUGCUGCGGUCUGCGGGGUUGGAGGAGAAGGUGAAGAUUCCGCACUCCUCGCCGAUCCAGACGGCCUCGGGAUUGAAGCAUUUGCUGACCAUCGCCAACACGAACAUAUCCCGAUUGGAACGACUUGUCCAAACGACCGAAUCCUUAACACCACUCUCGUCAAUCCAGUCGCUUCUGACCGAAGCGGUGAGUCAGCUCAAGCGCCACCCGUCGCUUCCUGGCUUGGUCCAGCCGAUCUUCUUCUUCAUCUCCGAAGUGAUGGAGCAGGUCAACGACAACCACCCCGCCAAGGAAACCUACCAAGCCGCCAUCCCCGAGCUCCUCAAGAUCGUCAAUACGCUCGUGACCAAUCGGCAGACGCAAGUGCUGGCGCUGGACACGCUGUACGACGUGAUCAUCCAGGGCGACUGUCUCCGCGGCCAGUGGAAGCCGAUCAUUUCGUGCCUGAAGAAAAUCGCCACCUCGGAUCUCUGCGCAGAAGGAUUCCACGACGUGCAGCUGAUUCUGGACGAUUUCCUCAGCGAAAUGGAUUUCAGCGAGGCGCUCACACUGGGUGCAUUGAUCGCCUCCUACACGCGCCAAGCCUUCGAUAUCAACAUCGCGCUCAGCGCCAUCGGGCUGUACUGGAAGCUCGCCGACUACACGCUCAUCACGGCGCGCGGUACUCGCUCCCUGCGGAUUUGA